CUUGAAAGGACCAGCCUGACCCCUUUCUCCAUCCAGGUGGAGAAUGAGAGAUGGUUUCCCAAUAGCAUAGUUGCUGUUACUAAGCAAGUGGCCUUAACCGUCUACGGCAGCACCCUGAUCAUAAGACAAAAUGAGCCCCAGAUCUUGGUCAAGUGGGGUUUUGACUAACAUCCCAUACAGUUCAAACAGUUUAAAUGGCUCCUUGGUCCAGGCCUAUAAUGACGGUAGUAACUACAUCAUCAAGACCGGCUUUGGCCUCCGGGUGACCUAUGACCGGGUUUACAGAGUCACUGUUUCCGUCCCUGGCAACUACCGUGGCAAGACCUGCGGACUCUGUGGUAACUUUGACGGAGUUCCUUCCAAUGACUUCCGUCUUCCAGAUGGCAGUAUUACACAGGACGUGAAUGUAUUCGGGAGAGCCUGGAAAGUGGACGUCCCUGGAGCAGUGUGUGGGGACGAAUGUGAAAGCGGUACAUGUCUGGACUGUAAUCCCCGACUAAAAGCCAUAUUUGAGAAGCGUCCCUACUGUGGAGUUCUGAUUGACCCCAGUGGACCAUUUGCCACCUGUCAUGCUGUGCUGAACCCUUCAGAUUAUAUGAGCGACUGUGUCUUUGAUACGUGCGCGUCUGCCGGCAGCAGCAAGGUGGUUUGCGACAGUGUGGCGAGAUACGCUUUUAGAUGCCUUGCAGCUGGAGUCCUUAUCCAAAAAUGGAGGACAGAUUCUUUCUGCCCAAUGCCCUGUCCUGCUCACAGCCAUUAUGAGCUGUGUGCAGACGCCUGCUCUGCUGCCUGCCCUGGGCUCACUACAAUAAUCCAGUGUCCUCAAACCUGCACUGAGGGCUGUGCUUGUGACAGUGGUUAUCUUUUUGAUGGCCAGCAGUGUGUUGAACACCAGCAAUGUGGAUGCUAUGAGCAGGGACGCACGUUUAAGGCUGGGGAGGUGGUUUUCCUGGACCAGUGUGAGAAGAAAUGUCAAUGUGAUCCAGGGAAGGGAGUUUACUGUGAGAGAGUCAACUGUCCUAACGACACACAGUGUUUACUGAGAGCAGAAGUGUGGGCCUGCUAUCACUCAGAUCCAUGUCAAGACAUCCAUUGUCGAGAGAAAGAGACAUGCCGCUUUGAAAACGGCAAGGCCGUGUGUGCGCCCCUGUACAACAGAACCUGCUGGGCGUGGGGUGAUCCGCACUACCACACCUUUGAUGGCUAUUACUUUGACUUCCAAGGCACCUGCAGAUACAUCUUGUCCGAGACCUGUGGGAAUCUGAGCGGACUGGCGCCCUUCUCUGUGACACAGAGCAAUGAAAACCGUGGCAACCCUGAUGUGUCUUAUGUGCGGGAGGUGGAGGUUAUUGUACAUGGCAACACACUUACUGUGGUGAACCAUCAGAAGGGACAGAUCAUGGUGGAUGGUUUGGUGUUUAAUCUUCCACUUGAUCUUUAUGAUGGCCGUGUGAGGGUGCAAGAGAGUGGUAAUGCUGUGCUUUUGGAAACUGAUUUUGGUCUGCGCGUCUCUUAUGACUGGGAUUCAAGGGUCGACCUGCAGCUGCCUAGCAGUUACUAUGGAGUUGUGUGUGGCCUGUGUGGAAAUUUCAAUGGUAAUGCUGGAGAUGAGCUGAGAAACCCUGCUGGAAACUUACUGCCGAGUUUGUACCAAUGGGCAAAGAGCUGGAGAGCAGAAGACAAUGUCACAUCUGCGUGCCAUGAUGGCUGUGAGACCGGCUGCCCUGUUUGUGCUCCUCACAUUCGUGCCCUGUAUGAAACAGACGCAUUCUGUGGUGUCCUGACUUCUACAGGUCUGAGUGUCUUUAAUGCAUGUUAUGCUAAAGUGAACCCACAGGCUUUCCAGCAAAGCUGUGUGUAUGACCUGUGCUUCAGUAACGGAGACCAAAGAAUUCUCUGUCAGGCUCUGGAGACCUACGUCGCUCGGUGUCGACAAGAGGGCGUCAUUAUUACAGAUUGGAGAGAGAAAUUCAAUUGCUCUAUGAGCUGCCCACCAAACAGUCAUUAUGAGGCCUGUGCGUCUCCAUGUCCAGUAACAUGUCCGUACCCAGAUGAGCAGCAUUAUUGCACUGACACCUGUGUGGAAGCCUGUGUUUGUGACAACGGUUUUGUCCUCAGUGCUGGUGCUUGUGUGCCCACCAAUCAAUGUGGCUGUUCUUUCGAAGGCGCCUACUACCAACAAGGCCAAACGUUCUGGGCAGAUGAUCAAUGUCAUCGGCUUUGUGAGUGUGACCGUAACUUGAGAGUCGUGGUGUGUCGUGAAUCUUGCUGUGCCUCUGGUGAGAGCUGUUCAGUCGUUAACGGAAGUCGCAGCUGUCGGCCAAUGAGCUCUGCUGUAUGUGUAGCAUCAGGAGACCCACAUUACCGCACGUUCGACGGACUUCGUUUUGACUUCCAGGGUACGUGUGUGUAUCAGUUGGCGGCCCUGUGCAUUGAUAAAGAGGAUCUUGUACCUUUUAAUGUGACCGUUCAGAAUGAACAUCGUUGGAGCAGAGAAGUGAGCUUCACUAAAACUGUCAAUGUGUCUGUGAAUGGAUUCACCAUCACGAUGACCAGAGAACAUCCGUAUCAAAUACUGUUUGAUGGCCAGUUAGCAGAACUUCCCUUUUUGAUGCAAGAUGUGUUUAUAGUUUUCCGCAGUGGUAACACUGCUGUGUUGAAGACAAACUUUGGUCUCCAGGUGACCUUUGACUGGUCCAGUGUGUUGAGGGUCACUUUGCCUAACAAUUACAGUGGUGCGGUGUGUGGCCUUUGUGGGAACUUCAAUGGUGUUGUUCAGGAUGAUCUUGCAAUGCGCAGUGGUACCAUGGCACCCAAUGCCAGUAGUCUGGGACAAAGCUGGCAGGUUGCCGCAACACCUGAAUGUUCGUCAGCUGGUUGUCUUGGCAUUGGAUGCUCAUCCUGCCCUGCAACCCAGAGGGAGAACGCCCGGCGCUAUUGUGAGAUUAUCACAAACCAGACAGGACCUUUCAGAGAAUGUCAUGCCCAGAUUGACCCUGGAUCUUACGUAGAGGAUUGCAUAUUCGACACCUGCCGCUUCCAAGGACAUCAGGCUGUGUUGUGUGACGCAGUGGCAGCCUAUGCUUCUGCAUGUCAGAGUCAAAAUGUCACAGUUCACCCGUGGAGAAAUGCUACUUUCUGCCCUCCGUCCUGCCCACCCAACAGCCACUACAACCCCUGUGCUCCAGGCUGUACCGAGACCUGUGUUAAUCUCUCUGAGCUCAACUGCAGCAGACCCUGUGCUGAGGCCUGCCAGUGUGAUCAUGGGAUACAUCUUGAGCGGCCAAACCUGUGUGCCACAAGCAGAAUGUGGCUGCUUCUAUCAGGGACUUUAUUACAACAAACACCAGAUGUUUUACACACAUGAGCAGUGCUUGGAGCUCUGCAGGUGUGGGGAAAAUGGAACCGUUUCCUGCCAGACAUCAAGUUGUGGGCUAGGGGAAGCUUGCAGGGUGGUGAAUGGAGUAUUAGGAUGCCACCCUGUCAGUUACGGAAGAUGUGU